ACAGAUCAGGCAGGGCCCUUCCCCCGGGAGAUGCAAGAGCCCUUGAGCUGAGACUGAGACAGAUCAGAUUCCCUAGGUCCUGGGGGUGGAAGGGAAACAGAAACUAGAAAGGGGGGGGCAUGGAGAGAAAGGUGUCAGAAGAGACAGAUACUGGGGGCAGGGGAGCGGAGCUGCUGUGAGAUGGAGGGACAAUUACAAAAGGCACUUGAAGUGAAAUCCUGGGGAGAAAGUCACCUAAAGGAGGAGCACCCUGGCUUGGGAGCAGACCCAAGGGGAGAGCUAUCUGAUCCCCAACCCUACAGGAAAUGAGCAUCAGAAACCUUCCCAGAUUCAUCCAGAACAGAAACCCGGACCAAGCAGGGGAACUGAGACCAAGCUAAGAAACGAACAUCGGACGUUGGACAGCUUCCUGGAAAGCCAACAGGAGCGGUGGCAACUACAAAGAUCUUAUUACUUGGGAUCUUUUUAGGUGACCAGGACCUUUCAGGUAGGGGAAAAGGUGGUUGGCCAGAUACAGGGAAGGAUCCAGUCCAAAUGGAGAUGCUUCUUAUACUCUAGAAGAAAAAGAGCAACAAAAACCGAGAUCCAUCAUUGGGGAAGGAAGUAGCCCAGUCUUGGACAAGGGGAUCAUUGAUGUAAGUGAGUCCUCUAUUCCUUUCCCAUUGGGUACUAACAGCCUAGAAUUGCACUGGAAGCUCUCUGAUCCCUUUCUCCCAAGUUCGACCAAGGGUCAUAAAGAUUGAGAAGACCUGAGGGGAAGAUGGCUUCAACUGGGCUGGAACUCUUGGGCCUGACUCUAGUGGUGUUAGGCUGGCUGGGGACUCUAGUAUCCUGUGCCCUGCCCCUGUGGAAAGUCACAGCCUUCAUUGGCAACAGCAUCGUGGUGGCCCAGGUGGUGUGGGAAGGCCUGUGGAUGUCCUGUGUGGUCCAGAGCACCGGCCAGAUGCAAUGCAAGGUGUAUGACUCCCUGCUGGCCCUGCCCCAGGACCUGCAGGCAGCUCGGGCCCUCUCUGUCAUUGCUCUAAUGCUUGCUUUGCUGGGUCUGCUGGUAGCUAUCACUGGAGCCCAGUGUACCACAUGUGUGGAAGAUGAGGUGGCCAAGGCAAGGAUUAUGCUGACCUCAGGGAUCAUCUUCCUCAUUUCGGGGAUCUUGGUCCUGAUCCCCGUGUGCUGGACAGCCCAUGCCAUCAUCCAGGACUUCUACAACCCCCUGGUGGCUGAAGCUCUGAAGAGGGAGUUGGGGGCUUCACUUUACUUGGGCUGGGCAGCUGCUGCCCUACUGAUGCUAGGGGGAGGACUAUUAUGCUGCACCUGUCCCCCACCUCAGCUUGACCGGCCUAGGGGACCCCAGCUGGGAUACUCUGCUGCCUCCCGAUCAGGGGCCUCUGGUCUGGAUAAACGGGAUUAUGUGUGAGACAGACUGAAGAACCAGCAGCCCCAACUCCAGACCCAACUAGGACUCUGAAAGUCACUCAAGGGCAUUGACCCCAUUCAUUGGCCAGAAGGAAUCCUGGCUCCAGUGCUGGACUUGGCUUACCCUAACUUUAGCUUCUAAAGCCUAAGCCAAUCGACCAUUUUGAUCUUAAGAACUUUUACCCACGUUUUAUUAACACUAAAGGAAAUCUUAUGUCUUUAUAUAUACCCUAUUUGUAACUACCUCCUAAUCUGGAUAGAAACCCCUGCUUCAUUGUAUCUUCAUUGUAUUUCUUCCAAUACUGAUUUCUCAUCUGCAUAAAAAAAAAACACACCAACCCUAUCUCAAAAGUUUAACUGGGAAUGGGCCCUAACAAGAACCUCUUUGUUUCAUCAGUCCAUCAAGCUCAGAUCUACCCUCCACCUCCAAAACUGUUUUUCCUCCCAGAAUCCAAAUUAAACCUCAGCCAUCAAAAUGGCCCUAAGCCCUUGCCUCCUCCAAACCCCACGAGACAUUCUAAAGUCCAAACCCCAUAAAUGGGCUUAGUCUUACUUGGUUUCAGUCUCCCCUUUGUGAUCCUUUAGACCUUUACCAGAGCUUUGUGAUUUCAGAGCAGAGUGCUCUUAUAUGAUCUCACCAAAUCUCAUGAGACUGUUAGGGCAAGUAUUACUUUCCCUGUUUUAUAGAGAAAACAAAUGCAGAGAGGUUGAGUGACUUACCGGAUGUGCCCUAGGCCCCAGGGGAAGAGCUGGGUUUUCCAAGUCUUCUGCCUUCUCUAAGCUCCAUUAAUGAUAUAUUGCUCUUCCACUCUCCUGAGUCAGAUUCUGACACU